AUGGUAAGCCUAAAUUUUCAGAUUUUCAGAGAUAUUGUUUUUGCAGAAAUCUCAAAUUCUCUUCACACUCGUCAUUUUUGUUAGUACUGGAGCUCUGGGAACAACAUUACCCUCAAGUAAGUUUCGGAUCCAUUUCAAGACUCAUAUUUAAAAAACACAAAUUUAAAGUAAUUCGAAAUGCCAAAUGGGAAUGUGGAGCUGAUGAUAUCUCAAAAUUUCUAGCUGAACUUCAAGUUAAAGGAAGUUGUCCAGAAUUACGAGAUGAUAUAAAUAGUUGCUGCUUGAAUCACGACAAAUGUUACGAUGAUAAAAAGGGUCAAGAAUAUUGUGAUGAUAUAUUCUGUAAUUGUAUGGAAGUUCGAACUCGACCAUCCAAGGAAUGUAAUACUGUAACUUCGCCAGCGUUUUGUAGCGCAGUUCACUUUUUUGGGCAAACUGCUUAUGAAAAAGGAAAAUAAUUGAUUUUUUAGUUUUUUUGGGAAUAAAUCAUAUUUUCAUUUGAGUCGUUUAAUUUUAUUGAAAACCAAGCUCGCAAUUUAUGCAGACCAUAAUAACCAGAAAAUAAAUCAUGUGUGCGAUAGAGCAGACUUGAUUAACCAAGUCCGCAGUUGUCUAUGUUCUUGAAAAACACACAUGCGCUCUAAUGAGAAUUGAGAAAAUUUCGUAAAGAUUCAAACUUAUGAAUUUUCCAUCGAUUUGCUUCUUCUUGUUUUGCAAAUAUAAUCGAAUCAUGGUUCCAAAUAUUCUCCAGAAUUUGUAUAUUUAAAACAAUCUAUUGGAAAAAUUUCCAUUUCUGCUUAGCGUUUUUCUCACAUGGUAAGCCUAAAUUUUCAGAUUUUCAGAGAUAUUGUUUUUGCAGAAAUCUCAAAUUCUUUUCACACUCGUCAUUUUUGUUACCACUGGAGCUCUGGGAACAACAUUACCGCCAAGUAAGUUUGGGAUGCUUUUCAAGACUCAUAUUUUUGAAAAAAAAAUUUUGAAGUUAUUCGAAAUGCAAACUGGGAAUGUGGAGCUGAUGAUGUCUCAAAAUAUCUAGCUGAACUUCAAGUUAAAGGAAGUUGUCCAGAAUUACGAGAUGAGAUAAAUAGUUGCUGUUUGAAUCACGACAAAUGCUAUGCGGAUAGAAAAGGCCAAAAAUACUGUGAUGAUAUUUUCUGCAACUGUAUGGAAGUUCGAACUCGAUCAUCCAAGGAAUGUCAUGAUAAAACUUCGCCAGCGUUUUGCAAAGUAGUUCAAAUUUUCGGACACACUUCCUAUGAACAAGGAAAAUAA